GAAGUGGGAAUUCGCAGAUCCUCCAGACGUAGAGCUCGUAAGGCUUUGAAACCAAAUACAUUACCCACAAUGGAAGUAAACAUGUUAGUAACAGAACCUUCUUCAAAAAGGUCUAAAGGAUAAGCUACAUAAGCAAUAUAUUGAUUUUCCUCCCCAACAACGGCCUCGAUGUGGUAGCAUCGCCCUUUGUAACGAUCAAGACUGGUAAGUCCAUCAGUCCACACAGUUGUCCAUGUACCAGUAGAAGAUUCGGCAGCUACCGCAGCCCCUGCUUCUUCGGGCGGAACUCCAGGUUGAGGAGUUACUCGGAAUGCUGCCAAGAUAUCAGUAUCUUUGACUUCGUAGUCAGGAGUAUAAUAAUUCAAUUUGUAAUCUUUAACACCAGCUUUAAAUCCAACACUUGCUUUAGUCUCUGUUUGUGGUGACAUAAGUCCCUCCCUACAACUCAUGAAUUAAGAAUUCUCACAACGACAAGGUCUACUCGAUAUAGAUUAUGCAUGAAUGAAACCUUUGACAAAAAUAAAAAUAAAAAAAAAGAAAAAAAAUAUUCAACUAAUAUUAUCAACUAAUUUCAAUGUUAUGUUAAAAUGAAAUGGUUCAUUAUUAGACCAUGUAUUUGAUUCAUCAAAUACAUCAUUAUUGUAUACUCCAAAUACAUCAUUAUUGUAUACUCUUUGAUAUAUAUGGCGCAACCCAAACCCAAUGUUUGUUUUGCAAGUUUACAAUAAAAUCAAAUGGAUCUCCUUCUUAUUUUGAAUCCAAAUACUAAGAAAAAUUCACUCUUGACAGUGAUAUAUGUUGUAUAUGUAAAUCCUAGAUGUGAAAAUAGGCAUAAUUCAUCCUAAAAGGGUAUAAAGAAUAGAUAGGCGGAAAUCCAAUAUCUAUUCAAAAAAAAAAAAGAACAAUGGCCAAUUAGAUCGAAAUAAUGAAUCAUAAAUGGAGUUCGGGUUCGAAUUCUAUAGAUAAUAGAAUCUAAUACGGAUGGUUUUUCUAUAAUGAUAGAGAAAUGAAAGAGACUUACUCGUGAUUUCAUGUACUUAAUAUUUCUUUUGAAAAAAAGAAGGAUUGGCUGAACUUGAAAAUUGACUCAUUGAAUGAGUAAUUGAAUGAGUAAACGAUUGAAUCGUAUUCGGUUGGGUGGUACCAACUAAAUCAAGUGCUAACUCCCAUUUAUUUCUUAUUGAAUUAACCGAUCAACUUGCUAUCGGACAUUUAUUUUCGACUUGGCAUGGCACUAUUCAAAAAAACUUUCGACAUACUUUACUUUAAUUAUAAUUAUGAGAAUCAAUCCUACCCCUUCUAGUCCUGCGGUUUCCACACUUGAAGAACAAAACCUAGGGCGUAUCGCUCAAAUUAUUGGCCCAGUACUGGAUGUUGUUUUUCCUCCGGGCAAGAUGCCUAAUAUUUAUAACGCUUUGGUAGUUAAGGGUCGAGAUACUAUUGGUCAGCAAAUUAAUGUGACUUGUGAGGUACAACAAUUAUUAGGAAAUAAUCGAGUUAGAGCUGUAGCUAUGAGUGCUACAGAUGGACUGAUGAGAGGAAUGGAAGUGAUUGACACGGGAGCUCCUCUAAGCGUUCCAGUCGGUGGAGCUACCCUCGGACGAAUUUUCAACGUUCUUGGGGAGCCUGUUGAUAAUUUAGGUCCUGUAGAUACUAGCACAACAUCUCCUAUUCAUAGACCUGCACCUGCCUUUAUACAGUUAGAGACGAAAUUAUCAAUCUUUGAAACAGGAAUUAAAGUAGUGGAUCUUUUAGCUCCUUAUCGCCGUGGAGGAAAAAUCGGACUAUUUGGAGGAGCUGGAGUAGGUAAAACAGUACUCAUCAUGGAAUUGAUCAACAACAUUGCCAAAGCUCAUGGAGGCGUAUCUGUAUUUGGCGGAGUAGGCGAACGUACUCGUGAAGGAAAUGAUCUUUACAUGGAAAUGAAAGAAUCCGGAGUAAUUAAUGAAAAAAAUAUUGCAGAAUCAAAAGUAGCUCUAGUCUACGGUCAAAUGAAUGAACCGCCGGGAGCUCGUAUGAGAGUUGGUUUGACUGCCCUAACUAUGGCGGAAUAUUUCCGGGAUGUUAAUGAACAAGACGUACUUCUAUUCAUCGACAAUAUCUUUCGUUUCGUCCAAGCAGGAUCAGAAGUAUCCGCCUUAUUGGGGAGAAUGCCUUCUGCAGUGGGUUAUCAACCUACCCUUAGUACAGAAAUGGGUUCUUUGCAAGAAAGAAUUACUUCUACCAAAGAGGGAUCUAUAACUUCGAUCCAAGCCGUUUAUGUACCUGCGGACGAUUUGACCGACCCUGCUCCUGCCACGACAUUUGCACAUUUAGAUGCUACUACCGUAUUAUCGAGAGGAUUAGCUGCCAAAGGUAUUUAUCCAGCAGUGGAUCCUUUAGAUUCAACGUCAACUAUGUUACAACCUCGGAUCGUUGGCGAGGAACAUUAUGAAACUGCGCAAAGAGUUAAGCAAACUUCACAACGUUACAAAGAACUUCAGGACAUUAUAGCUAUUCUUGGGUUGGACGAAUUAUCCGAAGAAGAUCGUUUAACUGUAGCAAGAGCACGAAAAAUCGAGCGUUUCUUAUCACAACCCUUCUUCGUGGCAGAAGUAUUUACUGGUUCUCCAGGAAAAUAUGUUGGUCUUGCAGAAACAAUUAGGGGGUUUCAACUGAUCCUUUCCGGAGAAUUAGACAGUCUUCCCGAGCAGGCCUUUUAUUUAGUAGGUAACAUCGAUGAAGCUACCGCGAAAGCUAUGAACUUAGAAGAGGAGAAAGUGAAAGAAAUAAUUUUAUCUACUAAUAGUGGCCAAAUUGGCGUAUUACCAAACCACGCCCCUAUUGCCACGGCUGUAGAUAUAGGUCUUUUGAGAAUACGCCUCAACAACGACCAAUGGUUAACGGUGGCUCUGAUGGGUGGUUUCGCUAGAAUAGGUAAUAAUGAAAUCACCAUUUUAGGAAAUGAUGCGGAAAUAAGUACUGACAUUGAUCCGCAAGAAGCUCAACAAGCUCUUGAAAUAGCUGAAGCUAACUUGAGUAGAGCUGAGGGUAAGAGACAAGCAAUUGAAGCGAAUCUAGCUCUCAGACGAGCUAGGACACGAGUAGAGGCUGUCAAUGUUAUUUCCUACUAGUCAAGUCAAUACAUCAAAAUAAUAAAGAGAAGUUUUUAAAAAGUUCUUUAUUAUACACCACAUGUUGAUUCUGCCAAUUGAACACAAUCAAGUCUAAUCUGAUAAAACAAAAAAAGAAGAUGGGGUAGAAAAACUUAUUAGAUAUCAUUUCAUCGACUCCGGUAUCUAAUAAGUUCUACCUACUAUUGGAUUUGAACCAAUGACUCCCGCCGUAUGAAAGCAAUACUCUAACCACUGAGUUAAGUAGGUCAUUUAUCACCACAAAAAGAACCCAUCACUUCGGGGAUUAUAGGUGGAAUAUUAUUUCUAAGCAAUACUAAUCUGUUCUGUUAAGCGUAAAUAAAUCUGUUCUGUUAAGCGUAAAUAAAAUAAAUAGAUCAGAGAGCUAUGAUGUGGAUUAUGGAAUAUCCAUCUUGACAAGAAAUUAUCUAUAUGUUAAGAUGUCUAUGACAAGGGCUAUAGCUCAGUUGGUAGAGCACCUCGUUUACACGCGCGCCAAUGCUUUUCAAAGGAGCCUAUUAUGCAAUGAACAUAAUUGAUCGUAUUGAGAAAUCGAUGUCUUACUCCAUAGGUUCGAGGGAACAAGAGAACAAUAGCCUGACAAAUAUUUGGUUCGGUCCGAUUCAGGCGCGAAUUCAGUUGCCAAAUCAAAUAGAACCCGCCAUUGAUUUGAUAGUUGAUAAGGUAAAUACCCAGCCCAUUCAAUGCUAGGCAUAAUGAGUAUAAGGGCCUCAAAAUAACCUCUUUUCGUCCUAUGAACUUUAAGGUGUAUGAAGUCUCAUAUUCGACUGUUGCAGCGGAGCGAUAGAGAUUCCAUUUAACUUAGGUUGAUCUAGGCCGAAGGCAGACCUAAGUCAAGAUAACCCUUCUUUGAAACACUUUGGUAUUGCUCCUAGAUCAGAAUACAAAUAAUAAAUCAGAGCACAUGGAACCAUCUCAUUAUCUUCCUCUAAAGAAAAAAUAUGGUGGACUAACUGAUCUUUACAUCAGUUGAUGAAAGAGCCCAAUGCAACAAAAUGCAUGUUGGGUCUUUGAAACAGUUCGAAUCAUUUCGAUAAUAAUCAGUUUGAUCUGUUUUACCGAGAAGGUCUACGGUUCGAGUCCGUAUAGCCCUAAUCCUAAUAUAUUAUAUUUUUGUUUAGUAUAUAGUUUAGUGUUUAGUAUAUAGUUUAGUAUGGUUUUCAUUUCUAUGGGACCAACCAAGUCUAAUCCUAAGUCACAUGGGUCUAGGACCUAUUCUUUUCUUGGUCUUGGGUCUUGUCUUGUAUUUGGAGAAUCCCCCUAACUAAUCACUAAUCGUUUUUUGGCAGAACAAGAGCAACCUUAUUGAUUGAUUCAGAGAUAAUGGAGAGAUAACGAAUUGGGCCUAAAUAUAUUAACGUUUCUUCUUCUAUAUUCUAUGAGUUGAGUGGGUUUGUGGAUUUGAUUUGGUCCGUCGAAUCAUUCGAUAAUGUGUGAUUCUUUCUAUUUGAAAAUGUUAUGUAAAUCAUUUAUGAUUCCGUCGAUUAUACUACUCCACUCUUUGCUAUGUUUCAUUGUCUAGUAUAGGUUUGCUGUAAAACCUUUUUCUUGUAGCGAAAUCUAACCCAUUGCUUGGUCUUACCAUUAUAUUAUUAAGCGUUAUUGCCGUAACAAAACAAACAAGUAUUUUGGUUCAUUCCAAAUCGUAAUCUUUGUUUAGUAUUAGAGAUUGGUCCGAAAUAGAAUGAAUCUUUCAUUCUAACUCUAAUGAAAUAACUCGAUUCUUCUUAUUUAUUUCUGAGGAGGUGGGAUAGUACAGGUUCCAAGUUUCCAAUUUUUUGUAUAGAAAGAUAUAAGUUGUUAUAUGUCACCUCUCAAUUCAACGGAUUGAAUCAAUUAAGAAAAAUAGAAAUGAAAUCUAGGACAAGAAAAAGAUAAAAAAUCAUUCGAUGCAUUAGAUUAUGUAUUCAUAUUCGUAUCAAAUCAAUAGAAGCAAUGAUCCUAUACCCAGAUUUUAAUGAAAAAGGAAUACUUCGAAUAAUAUAGAAUAUGCUAGAAAUCCCUAGACAUUUUACCCCAUAUGACUAUUGAAAAAUUUAAGUUUUAAAAAAAGGAAAUGAAAUUAUUAUUAUUUCAUUAUGUUGAUUAUAUAUAAUCAACAUAGUAUUCUAAUGAAUAUAGUAUUCAUAGUAUUUAAUUAUAGGAUAUUUACUUUACUAUAUUAUAGGGUAUUGAUAUUUAUUAUAGUUAUAGGCAUAGGAAUAGUUAUAGGCAUAGGAUAUUUUAGUAUUUUAUUACCUUUUUCUAGAGGAUAGAGAACCCAAGACAAAGUGAGAGAGUUUUGUUUGUGUAAGAGCAUCCUAUGUCUACACCAUAUCUAAAUAGAAUCGAAAUCCAAAAUGUAAGUGGGAUUCCAUUAGAUGAAUCUUUAAACAAAACAUGCCCCACAGCAAACAAACUCUAAACUAUGCAGUUUGAUUUGAUCAAAAUCAAUUCUUGUUUCGCCUAAGAUAAGAAGUUAUGGAUGAAUUGACAAUUCCGAUUCGAAUCGAAUAAUUCAGCAUAUUCCACAUUAAUAGGAGUACAUUUAUGUUUCUGCUUCACGAAUAUGAUAUUUUCUGGGCAUUUCUAAUAAUAUCAAGCGUUAUUCCUAUCUUGGCAUUUGUAAUUUCCGGAGUUUUAGCCCCGGUUAGUGAAGGACCAGAGAAGCUCUCUAGUUAUGAAUCGGGUAUAGAACCCAUUGGGGAUGCUUGGUUACAAUUUCGAAUCCGCUAUUACAUGUUUGCUCUAGUUUUUGUUGUUUUUGAUGUUGAAACGGUCUUUCUUUAUCCAUGGGCAAUGAGUUUCGAUGUAUUGGGUGUAUCUGUAUUUAUCGAAGCUUUAAUUUUUGUGCUUAUCCCAAUUGUUGGUUCAGUUUAUGCAUGGCGAAAAGGAGCAUUGGAAUGGUCUUAACUGAAUAUUCAGACAAUCAAAAUAAAAAUGAAGGAAAA